AUGCAGCAGGACGAGAGCCAGUCGGAGGCGCCACCGCGUCAGCAUGCACAGGUAGCUGCAGCGGCAGCAGGUGUUGCGGCGGCGCCUGCAGCUGCAGCGGCAGCAGGCGCUGCAGCAGUCGACAUCCUGUUGAGCGGCAACGACCCCGACGAGGUCAUGGAGGAAACUCGCAAGAGGGCGGCCCAACACAUGCAGGGCGCCAUCCGUGGCCUCCAGCAGGCUGGCCGCAGCGACGACCAGACCACCGAGAAGUUCAAGCUGGCCAACGGGGCGGGUUCACCGCAGAAGGAGGCGGGGGACAGCGCAGCAGUGGCAGCAGUGGGGCAUCAUAUGUUUCAGCCAGAUCUGCAUGAUGACAUUCAACGGAAGAUGCUGGGUAUAAGUCAAGCAGCUCUUGGAGUCGCAACUGUGCGAGGGGGCGAGCAGCACCUGUGCCCAUAA